CGACCUGCAGCACGUUCGUAUUACAUCUUGCACACCUCUUGAGAAAGUUGCGCGAUUUGAAAAUUAUCAUUUUUCUUUUCAAUAGACAAGUGGAUAUCAAAACAUGAAGCUUAUCAGUGUUGUCUUAUUCGUUGCUUUCGUUGCACUCUCCAAUGCUCAUCACACGCCGGAGCAUACCGAAAAUAUAGAUGUAGCCAAAAAGGAAUGUCUUGCCUCCACCGGAGCAUCAGAAGCGGCCGUGGAUGAGGCGAAGAAGGGUAACUUCGCCGACGACGAGAAACUGAAGGAAUUCUUCUUCUGCGUAGGCAAGAAAAUCGGUUAUGUUGACGAGGCCGGUGCUUAUCAAGUGGACGCUAUAAAGCACCAGAUCCUCGCCGGACACGGAAACGAAGAGGAAGCGGAAACCCUCUCUAAGGGCUGCACCCAGACAGCCGGAAGCAGCCCACAGGAAAGCAGUUUCCUCUUGGCCAAGUGUCUCGACGAGAAGUCCGAGCACCACUUCAACCUGAUUUAAGAACCAUUACGCAACACCAUCGAUUUCCUUGUUUUCUUGUUAAUUAUACCGGAUAUUUUGCGAAAUAAAGCAAUGUUAUGAUUUCUA